AUGACGAUUUCCAACCCAUUUCGCCGAAGUGACCAGCAUGCUGGCCGAAACGACAUAUUAUCCGAAGAUGGUGUUGACUCAAGGGACAAUGUCACCAAGUACUCCGAGUCCACUAUAUCUACCCCUGCCACAACAGAUAAUUCUGUCGUUUCAAGGACAGAGAGUCCUACAAGUUCCUUGGAAUCCCCCUCAUUACAGAAACCGGAAAUAGACCUUGAGUUGGAAAUGGUACCAAUGGCACCUGAGACACAUGGUCGGCUUGGGUCAUGGAGAGGCUCUAUGAUCUUGCUGGUAACUUCGGGCUCACAAUUUCUCGACAAUGUGUUUAUGACAAGUUCAAAUAUGGCACUGGCUUCUAUUCAAGAAGAAUUUGGUGUAUCCAGUACCAAUCUACAGUGGAUGAUCUCUGCAUAUACGUUGGCCUUUGGCGGAUUCUUAUUACUCGCCGGGUCUUUGUCUGAUAGAUAUGGACGAAAGAUGAUUCUUUGCUUGGGCUUAUUUUGGCUCACUAUAUGGACGCUCGCUAUUGGAUUUGGCCAGUCAUUUAUUCAACUAACGAUUUUCCGUGGUAUUCAGGGCAUUGGUGCAUCAUUGACUGUUCCCUCCGCCAUUGGAAUUAUCAGUUCCUAUUUCACGGGUGUUGACCGAACUCGCGGACUAUCAAUCUAUGCUGCCUCUGGAACAGUUGGCUUCUGUGCCGGUCUCAUUUUCGGUGGCUUUCUCACCUCGUCCCUGGGAUGGAGAUACCUUUUCUAUUUGAUCUCCAUUAUCCCUGGCUGUCUGGGCAUUUUAGGAUUGAUCGUACUACCCAAGGAUCGUGAGGCAACCAAAGAAAGGCAGCGAAUGGACUAUCUUGGCGCCGUUCUGUCGACAGUCGGUUUGAUUCUUCUACAAUUUGUUCUGUCUAGUGGUGGUCGCUAUGGCUGGGGUGACCCAUUCAUCAUUGUGAUCCUGGUCUUGGCCGUGGGAUUCCUUGUUGGAUUCGUCAUAUACGAGAAGUAUAUCAGUAACCCACUGAUGCCGCUUUCACUUUGGACGAUUCCAAACUUUGCUGGCCUUUGGAUCGCUGGAUUCACCUGCUAUGGAAGCUACCAGAACAUCAUAUAUUACAUCGUCUUGAUGGCCCAAAAGGUAGACGGAUUGUCAGCCGGCGACACUGCGAUUCGCUUUUUGCCAAUGGGUGCGAUAGGUUUUAUCGUGUCAUUGGGAACAGGAAAGCUUCUCGAGUACAUAAAUGCGAAGUACUGCCUUAUUGCUGGCUUAGUCUUGUCCGUGGUAGCUGCAGUACCAAGUGCCGCGACAGCUACACUUACCGAAAAUUUCUGGAUCAACACCCUCGCCACGUCACUCAUCAGUAUUUCCGCUGUGUCCUUCAUCUUCGUUACGACGAGCACAACAAUUCUGACCAGCGUUCCCGUCGAAGUGAAAAGCCUGUGCGGUGGAAUGCUCAACACAGCAUUUCAAAUAGGAUCUGGCGUUGCUCUCGCCAUCUCCGCCGCAACAACCUCAGCGGUUGAUAUCCAGAAAGGACACGGGCUCCCCCAGCAAUACGCGACAGGACUCUGGUGCUCCACCGGAUUUGCAGGUCUCGGCCUCGUCAUUGGAGUCUUCGCCGUCCGUCGGAAAGGAGCAUCACCCAAGGACCGACUCGGCGGCCCUGUGGUUGUAUAA